AGUUAACGCCUUACAUCUAUUAGAAGUACUUAAAUCCGCUCUUACAAGAGGAGCACUGGCACUGUCCAGCGAUUGAGGCUCAAGGACUGCCAAGAAGCUAAGAAGAGUCUUUUCCCCCUUUUUAUUAUGAUCUGCUGGUGUACAGCUCUUCCAUUAUUCUGAGCGGUUGAAUCGGUGCAAAUAACUUGCUUUUGCUUUGUGUGCGAUAGCAUAAUUGUUUUUUUUUUUCCGACUGCUGCUGUUAAAAGAGGAGAUUAGAAAAGGAAAAAAAUUUCUUUGCUCCUUACUAAUUUAUCUAGACACAUACUUGUGACUUUUACAGUAUGAUCACAUGAAACUCUGCAAACUUUGGCGAUUUCAGUUUUCUCGGCGACGCUUCGCUGUCGUCAUCCAAGCUCCCCUGUCGUCCUCAGAAGCAGCCCCAGUUCGCGAGUUUUAUUCAUCUUUCUCCUACGAUGACGAGCUGCAGACCAUGGAAGUGCCUGAUAUGAGCACUCAGCUGCUUCCUUUUCAGAAGGAAGGCGUGGGCUGGAUGGCACAACGUGAGAUGAACCACGUCGGUGGCAUUAUGGCUGACCAUCUAGGGAUGGGAAAAACCGUACAGAUGAUUGGGUUGUGCUUGGUUUCAGACAAGGUAAACAAGUCAUUCCACUCAAAGCAUCUGAAGCAGAGUAAUAUGCUGGCUGAAGGAAGCCGGCUCAUUACGGUUCUUCGUCAGAUGCAACGGAUUAGCGUCGUUGCAAAUUGCUCACGCAUUAACCGACCGGGGGACGAUCUCAAUUCUCUCAUUUCCUCCACCAACGAACGGGUUAGGUCACGUAAAGGCAACUUCAAGGCAAUUCGCAGUGAGAUCGAUAAGUGGUUGCAUUUUGCGGGCAAAUUUCAUCCGUCCUACGCGGAUCGUGCAAAAAGUUUUUUAGAUGAUGCCGAAAAGAAGGACUAUCAGCUCAUUGUCUCGAAGGAGCUGCGCACACUCGUCGUGGUCCCAGCGUCCCUUAUGCUUCAGUGGAAAUCAGAAAUCGAGUCCAAGGUGAAGGCUUCCAAGAAAAUUACGAUAUACCUGUAUCACGGCGACAAUAAAUGGGUGAGCAGCACAGAGCUGGAAACCUACGAUUUUGUCAUCACGACGUACGAGACGCUGACCAACUCUUCUCUUCCAGCAUUUAUUCCCGGGGACAAACCGCGCACUUUUGCGUUCAGUCGAAAGGAGGCUGGCCCGCUGUUUCAAAUACACUGGAAGCGCAUCAUUCUGGACGAAGCCCAUAUGAUUCGUCAUACCCGGACACAACGGUGGCGGGCAGUGCAAGAGCUACAAGGGUUGCACCGGUGGGCGGUUACGGCAACACCGCUUCACAACUCUAUCGACGAUCUGCAGAACUUACUUCACUUUAUAGGACUACCGCGUCUACCUAUUCUGCCUGGGACAAACUCAGAGGAGCUGCUGAACGACCCGAUCUUGCAACGCAGCAUUGCGCGCUCGCUGCAGCCGGCGUUUCUGCGACGUGGCCCAGUUAUGAUCCGCAACGGGGUAAAGGAGGUGCUGGUGCAGUUGCCACCAAAAACAGAGGUGGUGAUGAGGCAGUCGUUUACGGUGAAGGAAUCGCACAUGUACAACAGUGUGCUGGCGCGAUCAAAAAGUGCCCUGGCUUCUUCAGAGGACAAGGAUGGAGGUGUCUUUCACAUUUUCGCCAUGAUGACGCGACUCCGACAGGCAUGUUGCCAUCCGUGGAUCAGCCGAGGCCGUGCUGUUCAAGUUUCUGUCUGCGGCAUUUGCAAAAACGAAGCGUCGUCUGCCGUUGUGACAAAAUGCGGACAUGUCUUCUGCCACGAAUGCCUACUCCUGCAGUUUCGCGACGCCGUUGACGGCGAUGAAGUUGCCACCCGUACACAAUGUCCUAACUGCAGCCAAACAAUAACGUACGCAUCGGUGUUCAAGCAGCAGACGCUGUCGUCUCAUGACCGAAUUGCGCAAUACAGGCGGAACGAAUUCGAGCUAAGCACCAAACUGCGCAUGGUGUUGCGUGCUAUCCACGAAAUGCAGCAGAAGCAUCCAGACGACAAAAUGAUCAUCUUCUCCCAAUUCACUUCUUUUAUGGACGUCGUAACAGUAGCGCUUGAACGCUAUAAAAUCGCCUCCUUGCGCAUCGAUGGCACGAUGACGCUGUCAGCGAGGAACGCGGUUAUCCGCCAGCUCCAAAACGACAAAAGCGUCAAGAUUGUGUUAGCGAGCAAAACGUCUACCGGCGUCGGCCUCAACCUCACGGCGGCCAAUCACGUCGUUGUGGUGGAUCCGUGGUGGAACCCUGCCAUUGAAGAGCAAGCCGUGCAUCGUUGUUACCGCAUCGGCCAGAAAAAACCGGUGUAUGUGACGCGCUUCAUCAUUUCAGAUACUAUUGAACAAUACUGCUACGAGAUCUGCCAGCGCAAAAAGGAGUUCGGCGAUGCGGUGCUACGUGCUGCAACGGCCGGCGAUUCGGGGGCAAAGAUGGCCGCGUCGCGCCUUCAUGAGCUCAUGAGUCGCCUCAAAUACGUUGGUGACGGCGAGCAAGACGCGGCCAGCGCGAAAUCUGUGGACGAUGCAGAUGCUGCUUCCAACGAAAGGGAAAAAGAAACAAAUGGGCAACAUGAAAAGGACGUCUCUGCUGACAAGGAAAAUGCAGCAUCUUCUAAGGGCUCUACGAAGCUCCACAGUGAGAUAGCCACCAAAGUUGUGUGA